AAGAUCCUGGUAAGUACCUGCUGCAACUCUCUAGAUUUGUACCGAAACCCAUAAUUACAGGAUUUCCCACGACCUAUGGUGUUCAUUGCUAUAUCAUACUCCGAACGCCAUGCCUGUCAUUGAUCCGAGCUUGAUAUAUGCGCAAAGACCUUUACAGGUAACUUGUGACCGCUGCUCCACGAGCAUCCGGUCGAUGCAUUACCACUAUGUUCAUUGCGAAGACUACGACAUCUGCAAGUCAUGUGCUUUUAAAGGCAUUUAUUGUGUAAAUGAUACCCAUGAGUGGCAGAAGAUGGAAUUCAGUGAUGGUGGACGUUGGCGGGUUGGGGCCCAAAUGUCACCAAUGGGUGGAAAGAUUCUUCGCUCUCAAGAAAAAUCGUACCCCUCUGUGUUUCAGCCUCACGAUAAACAAGCGACGCCGCAGUUUUUAUUUGAAGAUGAGCAUCGAUAUAUCAGUAAAAAGAAUCCUCGGGAGAUCAUGAUUUAUACCGAUGGAUCCUGCUUGAAUAACGGGCAGAGCGAGCCAAAGGCUGGCUGCGCUUUUGUCCACAGACCAUCUGCAUAUGAUCAUGCAGGAGGACUCACCCACAGCGAGUACGUUGCAGUCAAUGCUACAACACGAGUAGAAAAAUGGGAGAAGGACAAUUGGAAACUUGCAGAUAGAGUUUCGAUUGUCAAGAAUCAAGACCUAUGGAAAUUACUACUGAAGGAAAUCCGUACACUUCUAGCGAAAGGAGUGGAUGUUUCUUUUUGGCGAAUUCCAAGGGAAUGGAACGAGAGAGCAGACAAGUUUGCCCGGACAGCGACCCAGGUAGAGGGACGGGAGCGUUUUCAUCGAAUUGUACCAGAUGGCCCAAUAGUACUGAGCAACACUUAUAGGUGCUAGCUUCCUAACAUCUCCAGGCGGUAGACUGGACUGCUACGUACUUUCGGCUGCGGCAGCUCGGCCAACCCUGUAUUGAGACAGUCAUGGCCAGCAGUAUUCAAUAUCUCCAUUAUCAUCUUCGUAGCAACUCGCGUCAUACUAUUCCACCAAAAGCCGAAUUGAAGAUAGAGCCAGAAAAGCGUGAAGUUUUGAUAGCAGUGGCCAAGGUUCGUUCAGUCGGAGCCUAUUGAUAGCAGUUAAUGCCUCUGGAUCAUUAGCAUCUGCCGCUCAUCUACAUGCGAAGGGUCUCCUUCAUCCACUUGAAUUCCCUACUGAUUCACACACCACAGGUCAACUCGUGAAUCGUCUGGUACGAAUGAUUCUCCACAUCCACUCAUAGCAUAUAACGGAAUUUCGUCAGUUAAAGCUGAAGCACGAACUUUCUCACACUCCAGACCACAAAUUCGACAAU